AGAAGCGACAGGGGCACCGGAAAAUCAAAGCAGGAAUAUUUAGAGAAGUAAAAAUGGGUUCCACAGAAAACCAUUUGGAUAAGCCCUUCCCCGCUAACAAAGAGGAUGACGAUGCAUGUCUCUAUGCCAUUCACUUGUCCACCUCCUUCACCUUUCACAUGGUAUUCAAAGCUGCCAUCGAACUCAAACUGUUCGACAUCAUUGCCAGUCGGGGAAGCCAGCCGGAUGCUUACAUGUCGCCCUCUGAGAUUGCUUCUCAGCUUCCCACAAAAAACUCCGAUGCCCCUUAUCUGCUUGAUCGCAUGCUCCGUUUACUUACAAGCUACUCGCUUCUUACUUGCUCUGUGAGAACCGGCGAAGAUGGAAGGGUUCAGAGACUCUAUGGAAUCGCACCGGCCGGCAAAUUCUAUGUUCAAAAUGAAGAUGGAUACUCCCUUGGUGCGGUGCCGCUAUUUUCUCUUCACCCACCCCUGGCGGAGGUUUGGUUUCAUCUUAAGGAUGCUGUUCUUGAAAAUGGCAAUCUAUUUGAAAAGGUCCAUGGGAAAUCCAUCUUCCAAUACAUGGACUCUGAUCCAACAGUGAACACACUUUUUAGCAACGCUAUGGCUGCUCACUCCGGGAUAGCCUUGAAAAAGGUUCUCGAGACAUACAAAGGAUUUGAGGGAGUGUCAGUGCUGGUUGAUGUUGCUGGUGGCUUCGGAGCAGCCCUCAACAUGAUCAUUUCCAAGUACCCUUCCAUUAAAGGCAUCAACUUUGAUUUGCCUCAUGUGAUCAAACAGGCGCCAUCUUACGCAGGAAUUGAGCAUGUCGAAGGGGACAUGUUUGCAGCUGUCCCAAAAGGUGACGCCAUUGUAUUAAAGUGUACAUGUCAUGACUGGAGUGAUGAAAGUUGCGUAAGUCUUUUGAAGAACUGCAAUAAAGCACUGGAAGAAAAUGGGAAGGUGAUUAUCAUUGACUAUCUAAUGCCAGAGGUACCUGAGUCAAGUGUUGCUGCUAAACAUAUUAGUGUCUAUGAUAAUGCCAUGGUUUUUAACCUUGGAGGGAAGGAAAGAACUGAGAAGGAGUUUGAGGCCUUGAGCAAGAGUUCAGGAUUUUCUGGUUUUCAGGUUGUCUGCCGUGCCUACAAUGCUUUGGGAGUAAUGGAACUUUACAAGUAACUUUCCAAAGUCUAUCCAAUCUGCAGUAUUCUUCUUCUAGUUUCACUGCCUAUCAAUUUUUUUUUUUUUUGUAUGAAUAAGCUAGUAUAGUUAAUUAAUUAAGCCCUGUAACCUUUUGUGCGUA